AUGUCUGAUUCUACUGAUAAUGAUAUUGUAAAAAGACGUAGAGUUCCACGAUCAACAACAAAAAAAGACAAUCUUAAAAAUUUAUUUGAUGAAGAUUCAAGCACAUCUUCUCUCGAAUAUGUUCCUGAGGACACACAACAGAAUAAUUUAUUUCAAGAGUUAUUCGGCACAGGAGAAGAAUAUUUUUAUAUUUUUGAAUCGCAUAAACAAGAAGAAGAAGAAAAAAUUAAACAAGAAGAAAUCAGUGAAGAACAGUUUCUUGAUCACAUGAAAAAGAAAACUGAUUACAAAGAUAUUGAAACUAUUUGUAAAUUGUAUCUACAAGGAUAUAAUAUUUAUUAUAUAUUUUUAUAUAAAACAGAAGAUAUAGAUUUUUAUAAAUUUCUAGAUAUUUAUAAAAACAUGUUAAGUUUUACUACUAAAUCUUCUGAUAAAAUACAUUUAGAUAUUUUUAAUAUUUUUUUUGAUAGAAUAUACAAUGGAUCAUUAUGCAUAAAUAAAAAAGAUAAAAUAAUAAGUUUAACAAAAGAAAAUUUUAUAAUAAAAGGAGUUAUUUUGGAUGGUUAUGGUAACUUAAUAGAAAAGUUUAGUUGUUCUGGUUAUAAACUAAUAAGUCGUGUUGAAGAGAUUAAUCCACAAUAUAUUUUGGUUUCGGGAAAUAAUAAUAUUGUUAGGAAUGUUGUACAACUCCUUAUAAAAUUUCGUGUUUUUUAUAUGGAAUCUAAAUUUUAUCCAAAACAUUCUGUCUAUGAGAAAUUAAUACAUGUUGGAAGACUAGGUUUAUUUCCUGAAGUUGAAUUUAUAAAUUUCUAUAAAAAUUUGUAUAUUACAUCAGGAGAAUCAUAUAAUAAUUUAAUUUACAAAGAAGAAAUAUUUAAUAAUGAUGUGGUUUUGACAAUAAAAAUAGCUAUUGGUUUAGUUAUUUCAGUAACUAAAAUGAACUUAGAUUUUUUAUUGCAAUAUGAAAACAAACUUGACAUUUUAAGAUUUUUAGGUUUAGAAAAUUGUACUAGAAUAUUUGAAAAUGAGUCAUAUACUAGUGAAGAGGAUAUUUACAAGGUCUUAAAAGAUGAAGUAAUUUAUCAGAAUUUUAUGACUUUUUUUACACUUGAAAAAAAACUAUAUGAUAGACCCGUUUUUACUGGGUUCACUGAUUCUUACAUUUUUAGAGAAUUAAUUAAUAUUAAAAAUAAUAUUGUAGAAGAUCUUAUUAAUCAAGAAAUAGAAGGAAAAGUUUUUUUUGUGGAUGAAUUUUAUGUAUUAGUAAAUAUAUUAAAUAAUGUAACCUGCUACGUAAGAACUACAGAGAAAUAUUAUUUAAAUCAACUUGUUAGAGUAAAAAUUACAGAAAUUAAUGAACCAUUUUUAAGUUUUACAGCGGAAAUAGUACACACUAACAAGCCAAUACAUAAAAUUAUAAAACAUCCACUUUUAUGUAGGCUAAAUAGUAAGGAAGCAGAGAAGAAAUUGAUAAAUAGUGAUGAAAUUUUUAUAUUAAGACAAAGUUCUAAGGAUGGCAAGAUUAUUAUUGUAUUGAAAUUAUAUAAAAAUAUAAUAAUACAUAUUAGACUUGAAGAAUAUGAUAAUUUAGAUGAAACAGUUAACAAAAGAGUUAAAAAUAUUCUUAGAAAUGUAUCUAAUAUAAAAAAACAUAAAUAUUUUUACGAUAAUGCAAGCGAAGCUAUGUCAAAAAUUUCUAUGAAUUGUGAUUUUAUUAGGUAUGGGUUUUAUUUUAGUGAAGAAUAUCCUGGUCGUCUAUGUUUCAUUUUUAAUAAUAAUGGUAUAUUUAAGGAAUAUUUAAGUGUAGAUACUAAAAUUAAGUACAAAGAGAAAGAAUAUAAUUCUUUAGAAGAAUUUUUAGAGUACAGAAAGAGAUUGUAA